AUGCCCAAAGACGACAAUGCCGCUGGUGGCGGAUCUGAGGCUGUGACGGACACCGGCGUCGACGGCAGUCCUUCCGUAGCGGCUGCUCUCGACAGAAGCCCUUCGAAGCGCUCAGUUGGGUAUCAGACUGCUGGUGGUGGAGUCGUUCUGGGGAUGCCUGCUGAAAUCGCCUGCAACGACGACGCAGCGGUUCUUGAUGCUCACAAGCUUAAGACGACUGGUCAAGAGCAGCACACGCAUAUUCCUGGUAAUCAACUGGGAGGAGGCAGUCUAGAGCGGCUGUCGAUUCUGGAAGUGCAAGAGAGAUACGAGACGGAGGUACCAUAUUGUAGAUGUGGGGGACCAUACUUCUGCGAACGACACCUGCGUAUGCCUUGGGAUCCAUCUGCUGAUGACCGCGACUUUGAUGAUGCUUUCCCUGCCAAUCAUCCAGGAAUAUGGGAACACCACCCCGAGAUUUCUGCAAGCAGAAAAGCGGCUAUUCUCUCCGUCAACCGCUUCUACGUACACUUCGUUAACACUCGAGGCAACUCGGACGCGGGGAGGCCUGACACCAAUCCCACUGGUUGGAUACAGACUCAAGGAGAGCUUGUACUUGGCUUUAUGCUUAUCAUCAAAGCCAUCCUCCCUGAUCAUCGCAUCAAGUUCCCCGGUGCAGCAGAGGCUUUGACCUCUGACGAAACACCAAUCACUGGGCGCGACCUGGAGACCGAUCUCACAGACGCUGAGCGAGACGAUUAUUUCAAAGUUCUGAAACUUACGCGUUGCAUUGUCCUCGGGCAUUUGUCACCGGUUGAACAAACACAAUUGCUGAUGUUUGCGGAACAUGAGCAGCGCAUAUUGAGGGACAUUAACUGCCGCCGUCACGGGCUGUCAAAAGAUCCAGAGCAGAAUCAGAGGAAUACCGAGAAGAAUGGAGGUUUCGCGUGGAAGGCGUUCUUUUUGCACAAGAGUAUGUCGACCUACGACUGCGAACUGGCAGUUCCCUGUCCGGUCCCACCUGAAGAAGCCCGUACAGGCUUGAGCACAUGGGUUGAGAAGUUCCGAGCCAUAUGGGUUCCCACUGGUGCCUCUGCUUCUAGGACUCGGGCUUUCCUGAUCGUCACAUUUUCGAGCUCUGACCUAGACGCUAUGUCUCCUGAUGAACGCGCUACAUACAUCGAAGUUCUACACAGCAGCGAUGUCCGAGCACAAGAUCCAGGUAAUGUGCUCAUCGUCGAGGGGGCAAAUCUUCUCAAGCCCGGGUGCAGAUAUUUCAUAGAUAUCGAGGCAGAGCGUUUCGAUUGGUCCGAAACAAUGUCGGAGCUCAAAGCCGAACAAGUUGAUGGAGCACAUGAGGGAACUGAAGCCCAGAUUGCCGACGAGUCGGUCAUGCAUAUGUCGAAGGAGAGCCGUCGUAAGCUCAUCGCUGCGGUCCUCAACAAAAUGGAAGAAAUUUCGGAGGAAGUACGCUCAAGCGCAGUCCCACAAUCUGAGACAACUUCUUGCGCUACGAAGUUUCCACUGCAGACGGAGGAGGCCGGCCCCGUGCCCAGACACGAAGAGCAAGCAGAGGCAGACGCCAACACAGAGAUUGCCCCGAUGGAAGAAAGCGCUGUUUCAGAUCGCGAUGGACCCGAGAAAGUCUCAUCUAAGGUCAAGCGACCUCAUCAAGAAGAUCUCUCUACUCAUGCGAAGCGCAGCAAGUACUAG